GAUGUAACUGCAGUAGCCCAUAUAUCUGAUUGCUGUGUUUGUGAAUUAUACUAUUACAACAAGUGUGACAUGGACUAUCAACCUCGAGGGAGAAGAGGAAGAGGAGGGCGAGGAAACCGAAAUGAAGAGAGCAGAGAUAUGCGCCUGUCUAAAUCUCUAACUUAUGUAUUACGCCAUGGUGCCAAUAAGAUGGGUCUUGAGAUGAACUCGGAUGGCUUUGUGUUGGUGGAGGAACUUCUCGCUCAUCAGCAGUUCCGCUCAUUUUCAUUGGAGGAUGUGGAGCGAGUGGUGGCCACCAAUGACAAACAGCGAUUCAAGCUUUGCAACCACACUGAGGAUGGUCGUCCUGUGAUACGAGCCAAUCAGGGUCACUCAGUGCAAGUUACAGAUCUGGAGUUGAGAAAGGUUGCACUUGAUGAUCCGGACUAUCCAAGAGAAGCUGUUCAUGGCUCAUACAUGACACACUGGCCCUCUAUACGCAGUCAGGGCCUCAGCAGGAUGAACAGGACUCACAUACACCUGGCACCUGGGCUACCUGGAGAGGGCGGAGUCAUCAGUGGUAUGAGACAGAGUUGUGAUUUGGCUGUGUAUAUUGAUGUUGCGAAAGCUAUGUCAGAUGGGAUUGAGUUCUUCUGGUCCGAGAACGGUGUGCUGUUGACAACCGGAGAUGCUGCUGGGUUUUUAGCACCACGCUAUUUCUCUCGAGUACAAAGUCUAAAACCCUCACCUUGUGAAAUUGAACUACAUUAGCUGUGGAGAAGAUCUCUGUCUGACUAUAAAACCAAAGAUUGGAGAUGUUCAGUCGACCUAUCUAAAUAAAAACAACUAAAUGUUUUUUUUGCACAAUCAGGCUACAUUAUUUAUUAUCAGGGUUGAGAAAUAAGACUGGAUUCUGAUUAAAUGAACAACACUCACAGAUGACUUUGGUGAGGAUUCAUGGGAAGACAUGUACAUGUUGGUCUUUUUAUUUGUGACUUUAACCUCAUGUAAAACUGCUGUGCAAUUGAACAAUGGUUAGUGAAUAUGCUCUGUUAGAUUGAGUCAUGAUGUUCAUGCAGGAAAUUAACAAUUAAAGGAAUAGUGUUGGUGCAGUGUUAGAAUUAAUUCUUUGAAAUACGCUAUUUAUGACGUAUUUUUAGCCUUUUUUUCUCUCUUUUUUUCAGGUACACAGCCUGUGUCUUGUAAUCCCCAAACAUGGACAAAAUUCAAGCUUUAGAAUUUCCUGGACUACAUACUGUAUCUUUAAUAUAUUAUGGAGUCAGCAGCAUAUCUGAUAGGUUGUGUGAUGUUUUGCAUACAUAUUGUCAAGUGACAUCCUAAGCCUGUUUUAUUUGUGGGGCAGUUUCCCCCCACUGCAUAUUUGUCAAAAAAUAGAAUAUCUAAAUACACUGACCUCAAGAUAGAGAUGUGUCAUGUUACUGCAGGGGGAUUUCUGCAAGCAUAUUUAUGUACAUUGCGCUAGACAGAGACCAAUAACAGCCAAAGGUGUUUUUUAUUAAAUGGUUUUGUGUUGUCUUAUUAAAAUUACUAGUUUUCUGUGAA